UGAUCUUAAACCCAUUGACAACCUCAAUCCGCCUUACUCGAUGAACCGAUAUAGCAAUACGCAGCCGAAAUAGAAAAGAAAAAGGGAAACCCAUUUUCUAUAUGCAAAUUCCAGCUUAACUUGUUGCAUCUCCGGUGUCCAGUCUUUUUCAGUGUCUCUUACUUCACCUACCGGAAGCUGACCAAUCCAAAGCCCAGCAUUGGAAAAUUUGCCCCAUCAGCCCCGACCCUCACUCACUCAAAAUACCAGUAACUCUGAUUGAUUGACUGCCCUGUCAACGUACAGACGUCACCAACACUUCACUCAUCGACGAUGAAGAAGUCAAUAGCAUGCGGCGCAUGUCGCUCCUCCAAGCGCAAAUGCAUUCACUCAGGCGGUCCGCCCUGCACGCGCUGUCGCGACCGCGGCGACGAGUGCGUCUUCCCGCCCAAAGGCACAUCCUUUAUCUUCCGCCGGAGCCGUCUUGAGCGUCACCGGGAUGAAGUCGGAGCCGGGGCUGGAAGCCGGGCUGACUCGGAGCUCAUCCGGGCCGGAAACUUGGCCACCACGGACCCAUUCGGCUUCUUGACGGAUGAGGUCAAGAACAGUUAUCUGCGGUGCUCGUACAAGUGGUCGUUUCACCAUAUUCCGAAUCUUCUCAUUGCUAUUCGUGAGAGGAGGUUGGAUCCUUUGCUUGUCUGGGCGAUGCUGGCUAUCACUGUGAGGUUCUCGCAGGCUGCACCUCCGGGGUACGCGACACAGGUCGAAGCAAGUAAUACAUUUGCUGCCCAUGCGCGGUCACUUGUAUUAAGAGCAUGGGUUUAUCUCGGUAUGGCAGUGCGCAUGGCCCAAGUUCUUGGUCUAUUCGAAGAACCACCACCAGCGACAACCCGAGAGGACUUUAUCGACGCAGAAGAGAGGCGUCGCACCGCCUGGACAUGUUUCCUCAUGGACAGUCUUCUCAGCGGAGGAAAGGGUCGCGACAGGAUGCUGUCGGGUGAUAAGAUGCGGAUACAACUCCCGUGUGAGUCGGACAGCUUCAAUUUUGGCCAGAUCGUGCUGUGCGAGAGACUGGAUGGCUCGUUACCGGAUGGAUCAGCGAUGGGCAUUGUCCACGGUAGUCUAGGCAUCGUAGCCAACAGCAUGCGCGUCGCUGAUGUCUGGGGCGCCGUCGCCAAAUGGGCUUGCACACGGCACGACAACACUGUACCGCCAUGGCAGGCUCAGUCCGAGUUCCAGAUGCUGCUCUCCCGACUUGAACUCUGGAAGAACUCACUGCCCGAACGACUACGAUAUGAACUCUUCCUCCUACGAGCGCACAGCGUGUCCAAUCAAGGCCAGGCAUACUGCUACAUGCACUGCAUCUACUUCAUGAGCGUCAUCUUUCUCUACCGAUCUUACCUCCCUGAAGUUGAGAUGCAAAAGGCCAGAGUGGGGGAUAAGGAUUGGGAUCAAUGGUCAACGUGGUCAAGCAAAGAACUUGAGAAAGUAGCUGAGCAGGUCUGCGAUAUGCUUCAAGAGAUACGCGCCUUUGGUCUGUACUUCUUGCGCGGUCUCGUUCCAUGGAUUGGCUUCACCAUUUACACAGCCGUCGGAACGAUGCUGUACUUUUACCACUUUCCCAAUCCCGGUGACACGGCGCAUCAAGUCGAGAAGCGCAGGGAGCAUAUUGUUGAGGGUCUCUUGUUCCUCAAAGACAUGCGACAAGCUUGGCCGAUGGCCGACACCUGGCGCGAGAAGAUCAAGGCCAUGCAGAUAUUCUACAGCAACAUCAAGGCCGACGGUGAUCUCGCAGUAACACCCAGCGAAAGACGAGAAAUGCGCAACGCAAUCAUCGACUACGGCGCUCUCCAGCCCGAUCCCGUUCGUCAACCCGACACCGAAAGCACCGACGAACAAGUACUUCACCCCAUAGCUCUCAUAUUCAUCUACUAACAAUUCCCAGAGCGCUACAGACGGCGAAAAUGACCAGACCUCGUCAAAUGUCGACUUUUCCUUCAUCGCCCCCGCAGACAUUGACCUCUUCGACACAGACUUUGCCUUCGGUAGCAACAUGUACGCGACGUUCGCCGACGCAACGCAGGGCUUCUGGGAGAGUUUCCCUGGGAGUAUGGACAUCGCGGGCGACAUGGUCACGGAGAACUGAGUGGUUUUUUAUUGCCAAGCCGGGAAAUGUUGUAGAGCGAUCGGCAAUGAGACCCAUCGUAACCUCAUGACAGUGAAUG